ACCCAUUCAAAACAAACAUAUAUCGGCGUUGUCGAGUUUGACAUUUAACAAAAAAGGGCAAAAAAGAUGGAAUUAAAUUUACAAAAACUAACUUAUCAAAAUAAAUUAAAGCUAUUAAUUUAUAAAACUUAGUCGCUUUCCAUACAAUUAAAGCAACAGUUAAUUUAUUAGUGAUGAUAGUGUUUAACGGUUUGUUUUACUGCGGUCGUAACAAUGAAAAUUCUUUAUUUAUUAAAUUCUAUCGGUUUGUUAUUAAUAAAUAUAAUAAACCCUUUGUUAAGUGUAAAUACUUGCCCUGAAAAGUGCUUAUGUAGAGAGGUGCCCCAAAAGGAUAAGUUAGUUUGGACGAAACUUCGCUGUGGUGAUACAGAAAAAAUUAAGCAUUUAGAUGAAUUAGACCUACUAAACAUUGCAAAUGAAAUUUUAUACUUAAACUUGUCAGACAAUUACUUAACCAAUUUCAGUCCCAAAAUACAAUUUCUUGCCCUGCAAAGACUAGAUCUUAGUAAAAAUAAAAUAGAAGCUUUACAAAACAAACAGUUUGAAGAGGUACCAAACCUUCGAAGAUUGGAUAUUUCUAACAACCUCAUUAAGUUAGUUGAGCCACAAGCUUUUGCUGGACUAAAGUAUUUGGAAAGAUUAAAAUUAAACCAGAAUCUCAUAUCCACCAUUCAAAAGGGAACUUUUAAAACACUCACAUUUCUAAAGCAACUUGAUAUCUCGAACAAUCCUUUAACAUGUGAUUGUGAAUUACUGUGGUUGCUAGAAUGGACCCAACAGCAAUCUGUUAAAAUUGCUUCUAAUCCAAAGUGCAGUUCCCCUGCUACAUUUAAAGGUGUUCCUUUGAGGAAAUUAAAAAUUGGUACUGAUAUACAUUGUAAAUCUCCUGCUGAUGACAAGGAAAUCCCAAUGAUUGAUUUACAUUUAAGAAAUGACCAAAUUCUUUUUGAAGGAGAUUCAUUCAGGCUUAAAUGCAUAUCACCAUUUAUUCCAGAUACGUAUCAAUCUGAAACUGAAACCAAAUCAGAUCUGCUUUGGUUUUGGGAAAGUAGUCAGAAAGAUGUAAUAAGAUCUUUCCACACAAAUAAUUAUUUUUAUUCUGAAAAGGGCUUAAUAGAAAGUGAAAUUAUAAUUCCAAAAAUAAACCAAAAUUACUCAGGUUUGUUAUACUGCCAAAGAACUACUGAUGAAGGAAACUUCACUAAAGCAAUAAAUUUAAUAAUUAUUUCCAAAAAUAGUCAAUUUUGUGAGAUGACUACAACAUUAACUAACAAAGGAAAUUACUAUUGGCCCAAAACACUAACCAACAACACAGUUUACUUGCCUUGUGAAUUUAUACAAGUUAAUGUAAAAGUUUCUGAACAGCAAGCAUCUUACUACUGCUCUUCUGAAGGCCAGUGGGAAAACCUUAACACCUCUAAUUGUACAUAUACUUCCGAAAUUACAAGGACUCUGGAACAAUUCUCUAAGCUAAAUUUAAGCUUGAAUUUGAAUAUUUACGAAAGAGCUAGGCAUUUUAAGAACUUUACGAGUAACUUAAGGUUAUUAAAAGAUGUAAUGGAUUUGGUUUUUCUAGUAAGAACCAUUGAAAAUUAUAUUCCAUAUCUUUCUUUUGAUAAAGAAUUAGGAAACAUUUUAAUUGAUAUUAUUAAUUUAUUGAUGACUUUGCCAGAAAAUUAUUUGAGGAAAGCCGAUGAAAUAGAUGGAAGUCUAGAUAAAAUAGUGAAAGUCAUAGAAGACAUCGUGUCACAUAAUACCACUUCUUCAUUGCAUAAGAACAAUAUUGUUGCUGAAGAAUUUUCAAUAAAAAAAGAAGCAUUUGUCGGCAUGACAUGUUCAUGGUACUCUAGUGCUGUAAACAAUUCAGAUCGAAUGUUUUAUUGUGUUACAUCCUCAAGUCCCACCGUCACAACUGGAAUAAUGAACAAGAAAAUAGACGCGUCUGUACAAAUCCCAGCAUCUCUGUUUAGUCAACUAAAAGAGCAGGAAGAGCCGGUAGAUACAGAAGAGGUGCAGCGCCUUCUAGUGGUAAUGAUGGCAAACGGAAAGCUGUUUUCUCUGGACGAAUCGUUAAAAGGUUCCAAGGCAAUUACGUUACCUGUAAUUGGAGUCAAACUGGCCAACAAUACCGCCGUUUCCAAUUUAACAGAACCGAUAUAUAUAAUGCUUCGAAUUCCGACUACUUACUACGAUUCGACUGCCUCAAUUCCUGUGUGGUGGGAUCCAGAAGCUAAUGAGGGACGAGGUAACUGGACAUCUGAGGGUUGUCAAUUCAGUCACGAAAUCCGUGAGAAUCUCAUAUUUAGUUGUAAAAAUUUCGGUUACUACGCUUUUCUCGAAGAUGUUACCAAGUACAAUGUGAUCGAAACGGGCGCGAAAUUUAAAUUGUCGCACCCGGCAAUCUACAUCGGCAGUUUUGUGCUUUUUUCCUGUCUUUUGAUCACAAUUACCACGUAUGCAUUUUGUUACGUAUCGAUACAGAUGCCUAAAAAGGCGAAACAUUCACUGAUUAAUCUGUGGAUCGUUAUAAUGAUGUUAGUGUACAUUUACGUAUUUGGAAUCUAUCAAACUGAGGACACCUUUUUGUGUCAGAUCGUUGGAAUUGUAUUGCAUUAUUUGACACUGUCUUCGUUGCUUUGGGUCGUGGUGGGAGUGAGUACAAUGUACAGACGUUUAAAUAAGAGCGACGCAAUAGAUCUGAACGAAGACGAAUUACCAUCGGAUCAACCUAUUCAAAAGCCCAUUCUAGGCCUGUAUUUGGUCGGAUGGGGCGUGGCACUUAUUGUAUGUGGUAUUUCGAGUGCAGUAAACAUGAAGGAGUAUGCCGCAUACGACUUUUGCUUCCUAAACUCGCCCCCUGCGCUCAGUGCACUUUUUAUUCCCACAGUUAUCCUAUAUGCCCUACUGGGAAUUCUGUUUCUACUCAUUCGAUGUACCAUAUACAACACUGAUGUAAAUGGUCACUUAAGCGAGGGUACUCAAGCCACCGAAAACGUAGAUUUGGAUUUGUUAGAACCUAGUUUUCAAACUAAUGACAGGCACAGUAUUCUUUCUGUAAAAACGAGAUCAAGCGAAAUAGAAGACCAAGAACACUCUCCUUCUGCACAGUUGAAGGCUCAAGUUAUAUUUUUAUUAAUAUACACAGUUGCUUGGUUCUGUUGUGCCUUUGCCACGUCUACGCCCUUCCAUUUGGAACACGAAGCAGAGAUUUUUAGUAUUCUGUAUGCGGUUUUUGCCUCACUUUUGGGAGGUUUUACGUUUUUCUUUUACUGUGUUGCAAGAAGCGACAUACGAAGUAGGUGGUUGAGCUGUAAAAGAAGCAAAACGGCAUAUUUUCGCACCAGAAACGUAUCUGACACAUCUCAGAAUAUUCAAAUACAAUCUUUGCCAUUGCCCUCUGUAAGCAACCAAAAUGGCGAAGCCCAAGUGACCUCUAGGUCAAGCAGUAGAAGUUCUACUAAAACUAAAUCAAAUUCAAAUAAUAGUAACCUUUUGAAAGCGGUCACCAAUGUGAAAGCUACUGCUGCAGUCCCAAAUGCUGAUAAAAUAAAUAAUAUGAAUUUAGUACUGCUUCAUACCCAACAGUACCGUAUAGGCAUACCGGUGCCUAACAUAAUAGAAAAUCCAGCCAGCUCGGUGCAGAUGUUUUACAAUCCUUAUCAAAGCACUGUUGCCAGGAAGUUCUUUCGGAAACAAAGACAACAUAUGAUGAAACGUAACAAUUUCCCUGUCCGGAAGUGCGACAGCGACACAACAUCGGUCAUCUCUGUGCCCAAAUCAAAUAACGAUGCCGAACAAAACAUUUUUGGAACCAGUUCAAAAGUAAAUAACACAAAUAUCCACGUAGAACGAAUAAAAAGGAGCAAACAUCGUAAUCCAAAUAUAUAUUCGGACAGUUGUGAAGAUUUAAGUCUGCCGCUAGAUAAAAUGGCAAUUAAUAGUGAACGCACUCGAAGAAGAGAAUACCCUCGGCACCGUACGAAGAAAAAACAGAACGUUGCCCGUAGCAAAGAAGCACUGGAGACGCCGGAUAUGCGUACUGUCUCUCAGCAAUGCAGCCUUGAAUAUACAUCCGAUACAUCGGCACUAGACGUUGCCCAAAUGCCUUUGGAUACGUUUGAAUUACCCCAAACGGUGGAUGAAGACAAGCUGAGCCUAAGUCCAGCGAAAUCGGUGGAACUUAAGGUAACGUUCCCUCCGACCAAUUUUAAACGCGCUCAAAGUAGAGCGAGUAGCUUUUCGGCCAGUGAAUUGGACGAAUUAUAUCAGCAGAUACGUAGAGGUAACGGUUCGACUAAAGUAAAGCAAAAGGGCCAUUUGAGAUGUCAUAGCCCUUGGCUGUCGGAUUCAGAAAUACAUUCGUAUGCGGGCGAGGCGGUAAAAAAGGCACGUACUAUUUAUAGCCUAGAUGAAUUCGAUGAUAACGUGGAGACUACAGUUUAACAUGAAGAUUGACAGAGCUUUUGCUUUGCUUUUAGCUUUAAAUGUUUCCGAUUUUAAAAAAAUUAAAACGAAAAAGAAUCUGCACUUGUUUAAUAAUUAUAAGAGAUCUGUUUUGCGUUAAUUACUUAUCUUUUCAUUCUAGGAAACCUUAAGCAGCUAAAAAAGUUAUAGACUGGUUAGUAGUACAAUUUUUUUAAUUUAGUUCAAGUAUUUGCAAUUUUAGAUUUUAGUUGAAAUUGGUUCCUUGGUUGUUUCCUUCAUUUAAACAAUUUCAGUGAAAGAUGUCCUUUUCUAUGAGAAUAUUUGCCUAUAUCGUUUAUGUAUAUAUGUUUUUGUAUUAAUAUUUUUUAUACUACGUUUUAAUAAGUAAUAUGUGUACAAACCAACUUGCCUUUGUAAGAUUAACAAAAAAAGAGAAAAGAAAUGAACAUGUUCUGUGCUCAAUAAGUGUUUGUUACUGUAAAGAGCUGAUCCAGUAAUGUUUAUGUUUGCUGAGUCUUCCAAAAUUAUUUAAAAAUCGUCUCAUUGCAAUAACAAACUCAUUUACAAGAUACAUGUCGUAUUUAAUAAAUUAAAUGUAUGAUAAAAAGUGCAUUAUGUGUGAUUUAAUUCAAAAUAUAUAUGUGCAGGGUGUUAUUUUUAUAAGCAACAAUAUUUUUGAUCGAAAAAUACGUUUUACAGUCAAAAAUCUUAGCUAACAAAAAAUGACUAAUUAGGAAAAUUAUCACAAACUACAGACACUUUUUUAUCUUCUCUUUUAUAGAACAACUUGAACAUUUCGUCUAUGUAUAUACAUAUAUAUAUAUAUAUAAGGUGUUUACACACAUUUUUAAAUUAAACCAUACUACUACUAAGUUUUUUGACUGUAUUAUGUUUCAUUGCAAAUAGUAAUUGUCAGGCAAGUCUAAUGUAAUUUGUCCGUUUUGAAUUUGAAAAAUGUCAAUUAGUCAUUAAAUAUUUUUUCCAAUUAUGUAAAAAUUUUGUAAAUUUAUCGAAGUUCUUAGGAUUUCGCGUCCUAUAUAGAUUGGUAGCAAACUUCUCUCUGAGAUAUUUUCCUGUGGUCCAAGAAGAGAAAAAUUCAAUGGACCACACAAGAAUAGCCUGAAGAGAAGUUUAAAACGAAUUGUAAUUUAUUUUUUAAAGGCUUGCCUUAAACGUAACUACCUAUAAAGAAGUUGUUAUAUGUGUACUUAUUAAAAGCAUAAUUGUUGCAAAUGAAAAGUAAAUACUCUUCAAAAAUUAUAUAUAAAUAACGAUAUAAUGAAUACUGUAUUGUUUUAAUGCACGAUUGCGGCAAAUAUAGCGUACAAUUUUAAGACUGUGUUUUAUAUAUAUACAUUCGUAUCCGUAGUUUUGCUAUACAUUUCGAUGUAGUUUUAAUGGUAUAUUUAUACUUAUCAAAUAAAUAAUUAAUAAAUGUGCCAAAAACGUUGUUUUCGUUUGUGUUGGAAUUUGAAAAUGUUGACCACGAAAUGCGUCUAAAAAACUUCAUUGUUUUGAAAAUAUACCGGGAAAAAAAUAAACUGUGAAAACAUUAAACUUCUUUAACAUUGAGAACCGCUUACGUUACGUUAAUGAUAAAAAAAUA